GGCUUUCCCGCCAACAUCCAAGCCAUGCACCAAAUGCACUGCAUCGACUUCCUUCGCCAAGGUCUAUUCUUCAACUACGAGUUCUAUCGAAGCAUCCACCCGGUAGCAUGGAUCGACAGCACGCCGGAGCUUAUAGUCAAGCACUUGUCGCAUUGUAUAGACGUGCUGCGCCAGCAUGUCAUGUGCGAGGCCGACCUUCGCGUCACGGGGUUCUUGAAGAACGGACCUCCUGACUUCGCCACGGAGAAACAGUGUCGGAAUUUCACUGCUGUGAGAGACUUUGCGGUGGAGCAUCAG